AGCUUGUGCAGUCCAUUGAUUAAUUAACAUAAUGGCAUCAAGCUCAAUGUCCUCCCGUGGGUCCGGUUCAUGGACUGCCAAGCAGAACAAAGACUUCGAAAGGGCGUUGGCAGUAUACGACAAGGACACCCCCGACCGUUGGUACAAUGUCGCCAAGGCGGUCGGAGGGAAAACUGCCGACGAAGUCAAGAGGCACUACGAGCUGCUCGAGGCUGAUGUCAAGUACAUCGAGUCCGGCCAAGUUCCAUUCCCCUAUAGGUCCUCUGCCAAUUAGCCCAAAGGAUGGGUUUGCAUCUCAGCUACAAUAAAGAUGAUGAUCUGCUACUAGUAUUAAUUUAUGGAAGAAUAUGCCAUUAAUGAUUAUCUUCUAAGUUUUGUUGUGCUCUUAUAGUUUAUGUUGUACGAGGAAAGUGGAACAUAAUUGUGAUACUUGCUUCCU